AUGGUCUAUAACGGAGAUGAUACUGCUUGCAACCAAGCCGCGGAUCUUCGUUGGGAGAUCUCCAUUGCCUUCCGCUACUCGGUCCCUGGCGAAGGAUCGCUCGGCCAGUCUACUGCCAAGAGCCUCGCACGUGCACAUGGCAAGACGAUCGUCUUGAACAAGGACUGUGCCGCGGAAGAAGUCGAGGCUACUACUGGCAAAGACGACACCCCCGUGCACCGCCGCCACUCAGCCGGACUCAGGCGGAGCGGUGUGUUCAUCGCCAUCGGCGCCGUCCGCCGCAAGAUGCAGAAGCGCAAGGAGGACUAG